AUCCGUCCCACUGCACAUCAGCCUCGCAAUGGCUCAAGGGCAGAUCAAGAAAAGCAAAGCUCCAGCGCCCAAAGUAACGCAGCGCAAACAGACCGGCGCCCGCGUGAUCAAACCGCGCAAAGCAGCGGCCGUCAAGCAGCAGAAGAUGAAGAAGAAGCACUCUGCUGGUUUGACUGCUGUUACGGAAAAGUCUCUCGCCAGCAAGGCGGGCCAUCUGGAGAUGCUGAGUGGUGGCAAGAAGGAUAGGCUGGCGAGGGAUGCGAAGAAGGAUGUGAGGAAGAAAUGAGGUCCCUACUAUGGAAAUGGAGGAUUUCUUUGUGAGGUUCUCUUCAUGGUCGGAUCGCCCGAAUUUGGUCCCGCACAGAUGAGUGGAUAGUGUUUGCGGAGGGAAAGCUGUACGAUCUUCUCCGGGAAGCUCUUUCCAGGGCAUUCGAAGAGGAUGGCGUCUCCAAUGAUACUCUCCAUCAUACGCCGGCGCAGCAUGUCGAGCGUCCACGGGGACUGCUACUCAACGAAGAUGACGGCGACGGUGUGCCCAGUGGAGCCGGACUGGGCAAUCUGGCAAGCCGGACAGGCGCUUACUUUGACUGAAAGGACGCAACAGCGGAUAGAAGAAGAGAGUGGAGUGGAGUG